AUGAAACAUUCUUUGAUACGCAAAAUAGGAGGCUUGAGAAAGUUGAGUACAAUGACAAUAAAUGAUAUCGAUUUAUCUAAAUUAGCAGUCACAAAUGUAAAAGACUUUUUACGUCUCUUUCAAGGUCUCUUCUUAUCUCUCACUAUUGACACUUCUUCCAAGCCGUUCAUGAUACAUGACAAUCUUCAUUUUCAUCUCAGCCAUUGCUGGAAACAAAGAAUAAAAAAAUUAAUAAUGUUUUCCCCCCCUUUGCGCUUAAAGAGAUGUUGA